AUGCAAUCUGCGCCUCAUCAGGAUCCUCCAAACGCGACUUCAACGAACACUCACCCGUCCUAUUCCACUAAUCAGCAUGGCCUUUCAACAACAGACCAGUUCUCUGACAGUCGCUCACAGGAGUCGGCUGUCAGAGAACCCACGUCGAUCGACGAUACACCCGACGACGCGUCUGUUGUAUCUUCAGCAACGAGUCGAGGUCGAAGGGCAAAUCUGCACCGGGUGAGCACUGGUCGUGACUCCCAAGAGAGCUCACCUGGCAGUCGUAUCGACGCCUACGAAAAAGCAAACACUAUACCAAGAAGACCAUCCGAUGGGAUGAUCUUUCAGCUUGUGCCUUCUUCUGGUCAGCCAGGAUCAGGGGUCUCAUUGUUAGACGUGCCAAAUGAGGUUCUUACGCAUAUUCUGUCUCACCUGCCACCAGAGUCAUUGUCCUUGAUGAGCCUUGUUAAUAGUCGGCUCCAUCGGCUUGUGACCACUCCACCUGCAUGGAGAAUUGCCUUCGCUCGCUUCUUUCCUGGCUCCGAGUCUUUAGAAACAUCUUCAGCUGCGGGAGUUGCAGAUGAGACACAGAAACCACACCGAAGAGCUUUCACGAGAGUGAGUGCUCUAGCAUCAUGGAGAAGCGAGUACAUUCUACGAACACGCCUGCUUAGAUCACUUACUCGUGGUCGACCUGCCAUUCAGAUGACCACAGAUAAAGGACAAAAGAGCAAAGCACCGGCUACCGCGACCAUUAUGUACAAUUCUGGCCUGAUGUAUCCUGGUAGCCACAUCCAUGCGAACUUUGGUGUGGGAUUAAACAAGAAACAGCCACUUUUCGUUCACGGAGCCGUUGAACAGGGAACGGUCACGUCAAGUGAUCCAGCAACCGGUAAAGCCUCUGGUUGGGGAUUAGCUGACUUUGAGGCAUUCAAACACUUUGCAGAUCUCUAUACUGGUGAGGCACCUUACGGCUUGGGUUCUGGUGACGUUGUAGGUAUGACCAAUGUCAUGGAUGUCAGCCAGCCUUUUGGAAAGCUAUACGGUGAGGCAUGUCCUGGCGGUAGACUUUUCUACACCAACACUGCUGAGCAGCGAGGUCGCUUUCUCAUGGUCAGUUCACCUGCAAGCUACUCGGAUGGUAUUCCCGAAGUGAGCCCAGUCAAUGCUGCCAUCACCUCAGUCUGGCUUGCAAAAUCAGAAGGUAUCCUGAAAGUCACCAACGGUCUCUUCGGAGCUUUAGCUGGAUCUUCUACUGGCGUACUCUCUGCCUAUGCUAUAGGCACCAACCCUGUUUAUGACCGUCGAUUCGACCGAGGCGAACUCACUGCACGAUGGGCUAUCUGUCCUGGCGUGCCUAUUGUCGCGAUCAGUGUCGACCACAAGGUAUCUGCUAGAAGAAUUGGUCGACAGCGCAUUUGGGCUACUGUCCUGAACGCUUUAGGUGAGGUUUUCUACCUGAUCAAUCCUCCUAUUCGCCCAGAUACACGUGGCAAGCUAUCCGAGUCAGAACUUGACCGACUGGCUUGGCAGACUGGUCGCACUACUGAAUGGCAAAUGCUUGAGUUAUCUCGACGUACAGGCAAGAAUGAUCCCUUUCAGUUCAAUACUAUCGACGGCAGCUACACACCUCGAUCGUCUAGUGCUGCUCAAGGCUUGAACCACUUCCAGCUAGAAGCCGAAGCCAAAGAAUUGACCCAAUUUCUCAAGUACAAGCCGAAGCACUUCCAGGCUCUCUGUGAUGGCUGGGACAUGCGUCGGUCCCUACUUGCCGACUAUGGGGGUGAUGAUCACCAUGGAGGAGGAGAGUCUGUCUUCGUGGUCAGUCAUGGUGGUGAAGAUCACUUGCCAGCUGCGAUCAGAAGAUACACACGCCACCGUACAAAGCUAUUGUCCAGUUGUGACCAAGAUGCAUAUCCUGCCAUCGCUGCACCUCAACGGCAAUCUAUAUUUGGAACACCAUCUCAACGAUCCAGUGUCAUGUCGUCCCCGGGAUACAGUGCGCCUCGUUCUAGAACUUCCAGCACUGAUGAUUUCGAGGAUACUCUAUUUGAAAGCUCUUGGCGCCUUUCGAACCACAGCUUUGGACCGCUCAAGACCAUUGAACUUUCUGCAUUAGCUGUUGACGACUCUGACUUUGCCGUAUUGUCUGUAAACGAGGACCCUUUGUUGGGAAUGUCUGGUGGCUCCGACACUUCAUCUCCUAUGACCUCGCCGUUUGGCAAGACAAACCUAGCUGCAACUGCCGCCGAGAUCCCAGGUCAUCGAGCCCGCUUGUUCGCUGUUGGCACAACCACAGGCACAAUCAUGUUGUGGGAUAUGCGAGCAGCAAGUCCACCAGCAGCUGACAUUGUCAACACCAUCGCACCAGUCCGUGUCAUCUAUACCCGGUCGCCACAGAUCUCAUCACUUGCGAUGACAUCCCUUUACCUUGUCCAUGGUGGUAACGAUGGUCUAGUGCAGGCCUGGGACGUGCUGGCUUCUACGACCGAACCUGUCCGUACUAUCAAUUCUCGAUUCUCUGAUCGUGCUCGACGACGCAUGGCACAAGCUGACGCAGCAGUUCAAGAUGUUGGCAUCAAUUACUAUGCAGCCGGGGCCGUAAUUCUCGAUCCUGAUCCAACCAUGCUUCGUGGCAUGGUGACGCUGGGUACACACCUCCGUUAUUGGUCAUUUAGUGCUGGAGCUGCAGACGCUUACAAGAGCAGGAAGCGUGGCCAGUUACGUCGUCGUUCCAACAGAGGCAGCACUUCUACGCCGGAGCAAAAAUACCAUCACACUGGUCGUGGUGUGUUGAAGGAUAUCAUUGCUGAUGAGCGCUUCGAGCUGGAGCAUGAGAAGACAAUUAAGCAGAAGGAGGAAGAACGACUUAGCAGCCGUUUCGGUACGGCUUUGCUUGGCGAGGGUAUUAGCGAGGAGGAGAUGCUUGCUUAUGCUGCCUUGCUUAGUGAAGAGAGCUAUACAAGCGACCAACUGAAGAGAAACACCAAUCUACCAGCUACAUAUCCUUCUGCUAGCACAGUUGCACCUGCAGAAAUAGACGACGAACUCGAGGAAGCUAUUCGCUUGAGCUUGCUUGAUACCGAUAUUGCUGCAGAGUCUCCGCAAACCACCGAGCACAACGUUCCCAUCCGUUAUGGGAAGAAGAGCAAGCAGAGAGCACCCUUGAGACAGCAGCAAAGCAGUCCACCUAUGCUGGGCCGCAGCACAUCCGAACAAGAUAUGGAAUUCGCUUUGCAACUGAGUAUGGCGGAGCAGGAGAGCCAGAGGCUGGCUGACGAAUACGAAUUCCCGACUCUGCAGAAGUCCCAUUCUGGUUCGAGUGUAGAAGGCAAGGGAAAGAGCCGGAAACGCUAG